CCACAAUCCUGGGAGUGAACCAAUAAAAAGCGCUCGAGGGUCUUUUCCAAGUGACUGGAUGCAAAUGUUGAAAUGAGUCCAUCUAACUCUUCUAUAGACAGAUUUUUGUUGUCGGAAAUAACGACGACGUCAACGACAAUGUGGAUAAAUAGCCCUGCGUCAUCAAGACAGUGACGCUUGGAUUCUUUCGCCGUGUGUGCCUUGAUAUUUCACAAACACCCUCGACUCGAGUCACUUUAUUGUCUUACGUCAUCGCUUUUGAUGGGGGGCGGGGUGCUGUUCGACUGACUUUGAAAACUCCCACAAUACAGACUGAUAAGAUUUUGCAUGCGUGUCUGAAGGUUAACAUGAAGAAAAAACGAUUUGACUCUUUUUUUUUCGUGGUAUAAUUUGUGUUUAAUACAAUUAUGUAUGCUAUCAAUACAACAUUACGAAGACAGUGGAACAGUGAACUCCAAUUCUUGUAGCCAACCACAUGCAUAAAACUUUACAUCAGAGGUGUCACGGGCCACAUCGCAGUUACAUUUUCGUUCGGACAGAAGUGAAACUAUAGAAAUGUAUGAUCGUUUCAUAUUAUCACAUAUCGAGAACAAAUUGAUGGAUAACUAGUUUUGAAAUCAAAAGCUAGUCGAAACGUUUGCUCUAUUAUUUAAUGUGUUUUAAAAGGGAGCUUAUCUUUUCUCCUUGUUUUCUCAGGGCAGGGGCGGGUCUAGUCUAGUGGGACACAGGGCCGCGAGCCGUCACAGAAAUCCAGAAAAAUCCCAAAUCGUCCAUUGAGCUCAACCCUUUAACAGAAUCCCGCGACGUCGUCGUAAAACCAAUAAAUAAUUGCUCGAUGGAUUGGUGAUAGCGGCUGGCGUUGAAUUUGAAGAAUUUCCGCUUCAGACCCCCAACGCUAGAUGGCGGCAGCACACUUCCAAACAUCCAACCGCCAUCGAUGCAGAUUGGUUUCACUCGGCGGCAGUAAUGCGCCAUUAAGCCAGCAAGCCUGAUUGCUGCGUUGUUGUAUCCCCAAAAAAUAACUAUUGAAUGCCUUUUUUUUUUCCCAUGAAAAAGAAAUUUGGGGGGGUUUUGCCGUGGCCGGACCGGAUGAAUGGGAUUUAUUUCUCUCUCUCGCUACGACCGCUCCAUUCCAACCGGUAACGGCCAUCGCAACAGAUUCUCACCCUCGCGCAAAGAAGUUUGACGUCCGUCUUUAGACGAUCUCUCGUCGGUAAAACUCGCGCGAGGUGGCAGCAUCGCCGCUGGUCGCCCCGUGAGCCAGACUUGCUCGUUUAAGAUGGAUCUGUGAGAAAGAAGUCGGGGCGGGGGAGCAGACGAAGAGUAGGCGAUGAGAUAAAUGGGGUGGGGGCUAAUAAUAGCCUCCGCCAACAAAAGAGAGAGAGAAGUGAGAUAAUGGGAGGUGCAGUUAAAUAGAGGGCCGCCAAAUUGCUGGGCUCCGAUUUUGGCCGUCGCUCUGCGCUCGCAUCUUCUUUGCGUCCUCCGUCACUGAUUCCGUCGCCAGGAUGCCGGAGCAUUUGUGAGUUAUGAGGACGUCUUCUUAUUAUAGACUGUUCACUCGCCCCGUAUACUCGUGCCUCCAGUUAGGCCCAAAACGAUGAAUAUCCGCUUAAAGUGGAUUUUCAUUCGUCGAAUGUUUAUCUUCUACCUGGAAAUGACACACGAAAGCGGCGAAAGACAACAAAUACAUUCCAUUUGUAUUGCUUUUGACAUCUUGAAAAUUAGUCACAUCCCUGAUGGGCUCGAACAAUUUUGACAAAACACGAUGUCUCGCGCUAUUCGAAAAGCUCCAGGCGACGAACAAUGUUUGAAUUAACACAAUUAGAACCUUGGAUUUGCCCGAGUUGCACAACGACAUCGAUACGCUUUGAUGUGGACGUAACUGUGACAAAUUGCCACAGCGAUCACGAGUAUCGGUCUGUUGCUUCAUUCCGGUGUCACGCACUGCGUAUAACUCACUUCACCCGCUAUGAACGGCAUCCCGGUUGCACGCAAACCAAACAUUUCACUUCGAUCACUUCGCCCGCCUUGAUAACGAAUAUUUUCUCCUCUUUACCGUCGUGCCCGUCUCUUCCAGGCCCGAGGUAAGAGCAACGAUUCGAACCAUAUUCGACCGUAAUGACACAUAACCAACGAGACCGGCUCGGCGGUGACCUCGUGUCAUGUUCUUCAUUCAGAGAAAACCAAAGAUUUCAGCUUCGAGGAAGCUAAUGCUCAAGAGUCUGAUGGUGGCGAAGGCCAAGGAGGAACUCGAGCAAGAGAUCGUCGAUAAAGAGAGGGAGAAACAUAGCUACCUGGCCGAGAGAGCUCCGUCCCUCAACGUCGGCCACAUGAGCGUGGCGCAGUUGCAGGAUCUGUGCAGAGAGCUCCACGCCAAAAUCGACGCGGUAGAUGAGGAGCGCUACGACAUCGAGGCCAAAGUCAUGCUCAACACACGUGAGAUUAAAGAUCUGAGCAUUAAGGUGUUGGACCUGAGGGGCAAAUUCAAGAGGCCCGCCCUGCGCCGCGUUCGCGUGUCCGCCGACGCCAUCCUGCGCUCGCUGCUGGGCUCCAAGCAUAAAGUCUCCAUGGACCUCCGAGCCAACCUCAAGUCGGUCAAGAAAGAGGACACGGAGAAGAAGAGGCCAGUGGAGGACAGCGACUGGAGGAAAAACGUGGAGGCCAUGUCGGGCAUGGAGGGACGGAAGAAGAUGUUCGACGCCGCCAAAGGUUCCGCCCAGUGAACCCACGACCCGAGUUCCUCCCGCGUCUCACAAAUGAUUUCGGCUUCUUCGGUUAAUACGACACAAUGUCCGUAACUUCUCAGCUUUAUUUGUUGUGCCUUGAUGAUGAGAUUAUUCGCCAAGCUUGGCGACUGCUUGUUCCUAUUGUCGUUCGAUAUGUAUUCGGAAACGUCGCCGUGGUGAUCAGUAACAGAAGUCGCAUCCUAAUAAAGUCAGUUCGGUUUAUUGGCGAUGUUUCGUGUUACCUUCAAACACCAGCGCCACACGUGCAGUACGGGAAUUCGAUCAGCGGUGUCCAACACACGGCUCGCGGGCCAAAGCCGGCCCACUGCUGGGUACGAUCCGGCCCGCGGGAUGAAUUUGAAAGUGACAGAAAUACAACAAAAAAAGACAUUGUGGUGGUGGGGACGAAGGAUCAUUUGGAGAAUUAUUAUGCUGCUGGAAAAAAAAAAAAAAAAAAAAAAAAUGGAACGGUAGUCCUGCUUUGUAGGUUGAUUCUAUUUUAAAGUGCAAUACUAUAUUUUUCAGUUCCAAAUACCUGUGACUUCAGGUUUUGUGCCUUAAAACAGUGUUCCCCAACCGUCUUUGCACGGUACCGGUCCGCGGGGGCACGGCUGCCUUAAAAUACAAUCACUGUUAUCGACUAAUAUGCACACAUUGUUGAUGACAAACCGAAGCAAAAGAUUCAAGAAAUCAGAGGUGGUUUUGUAAAAUCAAUUUCAAAAAACCAAAAACAAAUGUAAAGAUUUUCUCGAUGUAUUUGAUUUGUUUUGGGAGAUUUUACUGGUCCUGCCCCUUUUCAAUCAAAUUAGGCUAUAAGUGGCCCGUGAACUAAAAUGAGUUGGAUGAUGAGAGAGAGAGAGAGAGAGAGAGAGAGAGAGAGAGAAAAAAAAUAAUAAUAAUGAAAAAAGAGAGACUUUGAUGGUUUACAUGGUGGUGGCCUCAUGUGAUGUCACCAAGGUUAUAAAAGCUUUGGAUGUUGCAUUACUGUUUUGAAUGUCGACCUUUUUGUUUUGCAACUUCAGUUAGUUUACAGAGCGACUUUACACAGUUUACCAUUCAGGUUGUAUUUCAUCUGCCAUCUACACAUUUGGCGGCCGCGUCAGUUAUUGCGGUAACGGCACGGCGCGAUAUAUCGCAUCGUGUGAUAUUUUAACGCCGAAGCGAGGCGACGCGACGAAUCCCGGUUCCAGAGUCCGAACGGGCGGCUUCAGGGAUGGGUGAGGAUUAUACGGAAGAGCAAACAAGACGAGAACUCCCACGCCCAACUGGACACAUACUGUAAGCUUGCAUUUUCUUAAGACUCGCUCUCUAUUUUGAAACAGUGCCAUGUGGCGCACUGGCGACAUGUAUAUACUUUGGUGAGUAUUCAUGAAUUCCAAUGAAGUUGGGACGUUGUGUUAAACAUAAAUAAAAACAGACUACAACGAUUUGCAAAUCAUG